AUGGAUUUUGUUGUUAAUGGCGGCGUUGCGGAACGGCAUAUAUUCAAUGAAACUGGGCCUCUUCUCUGCGACGAUAUUACUAAUGAUUUGAAACUUAGUGUUGCAAAAAAAGCGUCUUUUGAAUCCUUAUCACGCGCUUCUUCAAAAAGUAGUAUUUAUGAAUUGGUAUCUGAAGAGGUUGAGGAUUGUUCUGAUGUUGAUUUUUUAAAAGUGGGAAAUCGUAAUGAAGAGGAUUUUGUAAUUGUUAGUGAAAUCGAAGAAAGUGAUGAUUGUAAUAGUGACAACGAUAUGAAUGCUUCAGAUAAAGACGACAAAUCAGAUGGAGGUCUAUCAGAUGAAUUGUACAUAAUUGAGGAUGAUGACGCUAAUGAUACGCUGGAGGUAAGUAAUUCUGCAUCUGUAAAAGAGACUCAGAAAACUCUGUCAGAUGGAGAUGACAUCGAAAUGGACGAAAUUAUUGCCGAGUUCGCAAAAGAAGAAGUAAAAGAAUCCAAUGUUAUUAAGUUUUCUGAUCAAGAAGAUGAAAUUGAUUCUAUUUUAGAAGACUUCGCUAUUGCCGAUUCGCCUUUGUCAAGUCCUCAGAAAUCUGAUAUGAUUCUGUCAGCGGAAGUCGAUAAAGAAGUAGAGUCUAUACUAGAGGCUUUCAGUAAGGCAGAUGAUUCUGAUGAUGAUGAUUGCUAUAUUGUUGAAGAAGAUGACGAAAGUGAAGAAGAUAGUUCUUUUGUUCAGUCUACUGAAGCUGCUAAAAAUCAAACUGAGCAUCCAAAUACGAAAAUUAAUAAUGUUCAAGAAAAAGAAACUUCAUAUUCAACAUCUUUCAAGAAAAAAUUAGAAAAUGGAAAAUCAGAUGAAGUUCAGUUGUCCUCACAACAGUCUGAAAAUUUGAGUGAAGUAAUUAAAGUUAGUAAUUCAGUAAACAGUGGUUUAGAAAGUAGAUGUAGUAAAAGUGAAACAGAGAAUGAGAAAGAGAAAGUUUCUAAUAUCAAGUGUAUUUCUGUAAGUAGGACUGAAUUGUUAGAAACAAAUAAUUCUAGUAAAUUUGAUGUUGCAGAAUCAUUAGAUGUGGUUUCGGAGAUAGUGACAGAACGAAAAAUUUCUGCUGUAUGUGAACAAUCUAAUUUGGAAUCAGAAGAGACAAAUUCUGGUACAGGUUUAACUUUAUCUAUGAGUGGAAUAGGAGGAAAUAAAUCUGUAGCACCAGAUAAUAAAAUUAUGAAAAGUGACGCUUCUCCAUCGAAACAGUCUUCUCAUGCACCCGUUAUUAUAAAUUCAAGAGAAUGCCCAUCUGAUAUAGGUGACUAUAUACAUAAGAAUUUACAUUUCAAUGAAGAUGAAAGCUUUUCUGUAUCUGCAGGUGCAUUAGAUACAUUUGCUUCAGCAUUUAAUGUAUUACUUGGUAUGUUUCAUGCUAUUGAUACAGCAGAUCAUGGUGAUUCUUAUAAAGCAUAUUGUAAUUUUGAUGGAAAUAAAAAUUUGCAUAGCUCUAGAAAAAUUGGUGAAAGUGUUUCAGAAGGCAGAGAAGUAUUUGGAGCUGAAAUUAACUCCAGUAGAGCUGAUAAUGUAUGUCGUGAUGCUAAAGGGAGGUUCUCAAAAUACGAGAGAAAAUGUGAAGUGCAAAAUUCUUUGAAAGCAUCUGGCAUGUGUGUCGAUAAAGAAGAUGUUCCAAAUAAAAGCUCAUCUCUUACUAAUUCAGUGGAGAGCUGUAGUGAUCUUUCUCUUGCAGCUAUGAGUCUGUCUAGGUCAUAUUUGUUACAACAUAGUCAAGAGAAACUUCUGAACUCCGAGUUAGCAUCUGAUGUUGUUGAAGCUAAAAGACUGAAAUUAGAUCUAUCGCUUCAAGAUAGAGAGCUGCAGAGAGAUAGUCUGAAGGAAACGGAUGGAGAUGAGGAAGAAUUGUCAGUAAAGCCAACAAAUACAUCACAAAGCAAGAUGUCUGUUUUAUGCUUGGAAUCUGAUUCUGACUCUCUGAAAAUUCUUGAAGGUAUUAAUAGUUGUGAGGAAGAUAAAAAAAGAAAAUUGAACAAUUCUGAUAUUGUGAAAAAUGAUGCUAUGAAUAAGAAAUUAAAAAAAGACAAUUUUGAUAAUGUUAUUAUAAAUGGCUCAAGUGAAGAGAAUGAGGAUAUGAAAAACAGUAAAUCAAAAGACAUAUCAGAUGAUGCAGUUUUAGAUUUCAAAAAUAAAGAAAGAGUUUAUCAGGUUAUUCCUCCUGAAAGUUGUACGGAAAUUGAAACUAAGAAAAAAUGGCUAGAGAAAAUUGCUGCUUCUAUUUGUGGUGAAAGUGUUAUGGAAUAUUUCCCGAAGCAAUUUAUUCUUGAAGUAAAAAAUGUGAAAGAAUUAGAAAAAAAAAAUCACAUUUUAAGCCAGGAUUUGAAAUUAUGUCAAGAAAAAGCAAAUGAUUUUAUGUCUUCACAGCGAGCCGUAUUCAAAGAACACAAUUUUGUAGCAAAGGUUCCUUGCAGAACUGUUGGUGUAAAUGUAAAGAUAUAUCGGGAAUGUGAUAUAGUCAGUGCUUCAACUCCUGAGCAGAUUCAGUCAUAUAAUGCUAUGAUGCAGAAUAGCAGCAUUUGUGGAAACAGUAGAGUGUUACAGAAUCAAUUAACAAGUCCAAACAAGCUGUUGCCUGUUUCCAAGGAUAGAAUUCUAGGCAAUUCAGUUGAAAAGUUUGCUCAACCAGUUAGCAAUUCAUCUAUAUCAACUAUACCAGCAGUCUCAAGCCAACAAAUAUUACAAGGAGCCAUGCAACCGAUGAAUCCAAAUACCGUAGUACUACCACCUGGGCCAAGUCAGCAAUUCCUAUCUCAGGUUAAAACUCUUUAUAACUUUAAAAAUUCAGUGAAUCCUGUGUUUUUAAGAUACUGCAAGUUUUAAAAAAAAGUUUUUAUUAAAUAAGUGUUAUUUAAAAAAAAAAAAAAAAAAGGUUUAUGAACAAAAAAUUUU